AGAAGCCCCGGGCUUCUGAUAGCCUACACAGCGAGCCACCAAGCCUCUGUGUUUAACCAGACUUACACGGCCUAUUGUAAUGAGGACAAAGAGCCGGACUGUCCUUAAGGACCCGACAUUCUCUGUAUUAUCCGCUCCUUCAUCACGCAGUCGCUGACACUGGGUCAGCUGAGACGGACCGCACGGGCACGAGCGAGUUCGGAUUUUAAACGCGCGCUGCUGAAGGAAAUCGUUUCUGGACUUAAAGAGAAAUACAUGCAAUGUUUUGGGAUUUAUGUCCAUUUUACUAAUUAACUCGUAACAUAUAAACCGCACUUAGCUGCUCGUUGAUUGUGUGGAAGGGAAGAAGGAGAAGGAGCAGAAUUAGAAGGAACGGUUUUGAAGGAAACGCGUUGAUGAGAAGAACAGCAGCGCUACUGGAGCAGAGCUCUGCGUGACUGUCCCGAGAUUUACCCUCAACACAGAGACACACACAUUUACCACAUCACAUCCCCCGGAAUUUCAUUUCUGUUUGCCCCGUUUUUGUUUUUGUUUUCAAAGCAUUUUAUCCGAACACUGGUUAAAAUGCAGCUCAGGACUGUUUUGGACGUUAAAGUGGUGGAUGUGGAGAAGAGGCGACAUCCUUCCAAACACUAUGUUUAUCUCAUCAAUGUCACUUACUCUGAUUCCACAUCUCACAUAGUCUACAGAAGAUACAGCAAAUUCUUCGACCUUCAGAUGCAGCUACUUGACAAGUUCCCAAUUGAGGGAGGGCAGAAGGAUCCCAAAAAGCGCAUCAUCCCAUUUCUUCCAGGUAAAAUUCUGUUUCGACGAAGUCAUGUACGAGACGUGGCCAUGAAGAGAUUACGCUUUAUAGAUGAUUACUGCAGGGCGCUGGUACGACUUCCUCCACAGAUCUCCCAAAGUGAGGAGGUGCUGCGCUUCUUCGAGACCAAACCAGACGACAUGAGCCCUCCUGUAGAAGACUAUGGCACCAAACGGAAAUCAGUCUGGAUGUAUGGCCUACAGGACAGUCCCACCAAGUCUGAGGCCUCAGGUCUGGACAGCAGUGAACCAAUGGUACUGGAGCAGUUCGUGGCCGUGGCCAACUACGAGCGGCAGGAGAACUCGGAGAUCAGCCUGCGUGCUGGGGAAACGGUGGACGUGAUUGAAAAGAGCGAGAGUGGCUGGUGGUUUGUCAGUACUGCAGAAGAACAGGGCUGGGUUCCUGCCACAUAUCUGGAUGCUCAGGCUGGCACUAGAGAUGAUCUGGAGCUGGGCACGUCUCGAUCGGGAGAGGUUACUAAACGGCGCAAGGCUCAUCUGAAGCGACUGGACCGGAGGUGGACACUAGGGGGCAUAGUCAACCGCCAACAGAGCAGAGAGGAGAAGUACAUCACUGUGCAACCUUACACCAGCCAGGGUAAAGACGAGAUCGGGUUUGAGAAAGGAGUAACCGUGGAGGUCAUUCAGAAAAACCUGGAGGGAUGGUGGUAUAUCAGGUACCUAGGAAAAGAGGGCUGGGCCCCGGCUUCGUACCUCAAAAAGCUAAAAGACGAUCUGUCCCCAAGGAAGAAGACAUUGACUGGUACUGUGGAAAUCAUAGGCAACAUCAUGGAGAUCAGCAAUCUGCUCAACAAGAAAGCCGUAAGCGAGAAGGACGUGCAGACAGAUGGAGAACCUACCACGCCAGAGCGACACAUCACCAAGAGUGAAAUCAGUCUUCCCAUGCCAUGCGCUCCUGAAGCAAACCAGGCUUCAGUGACACCAAGCAGUGCCACAAAAGCAGGCACUGAAUGUAGCACCACCCUACAAGACACUAAGCCAAAGGCAGAGCCGGGCUCACCUGCUAUAGCAAGAGUGGCUCCUCAUCGAGUGGAGAUUGGCUUUGAUGCAAUAGGAUCUCCAAACCUGCGACAGAAACCUCCCCCUCGAAGAGAUACAAAUCUGGGAUUUCAGCUUCCAAAGCCUCCAGAGCCCCCUACAGUGGAAACGGAGUACUACACAAUUGCAGAGUUUCAGUCCUGCAUCUCAGAUGGCAUCAGCUUCCGUGGAGGACAAAAGGCUGAUGUAAUAGAGAAGAACUCUGGUGGCUGGUGGUAUGUCCAGAUUGGGGACCUGGAAGGUUGGGCACCCUGUUCCUACAUUGACAAGCGCAAGAAGCCUAACCUGAGCAGGAGAACAAGCACACUCACCCGGCCCAAAGUUCCACCCCCAGCACCUCCUGUCAAAAAGCAGGACUCUGAGGACACACCCUCUCUGAGUGCUUCCGGCUCCAAAGCUUCAGAAUCCCCUAGCAGGCCUGUUUAUGAGGAGCCAGAAUAUGACAUUCCCGCCAUGGGAUGUGAUCUGGAAAUGGACACACUCCCCAUAAAAAAGGGGCCUCGACCUGUGCUCAUCAAAAGCAGUAAAGCUGCUGCUGAAAGAAUUGCUCAAGCUACAGGCAAAGCCUCACCUCUUUUUACUGUGAAGACAUCCCCUUUAAGAAAUGAAAACUCAGUGGAAAAGGUUACCAAGGAAGAGGCCAUAUAUGAAAAUGACGGCUUUAGAUAUUCUUCUGAUGACUUUGCCUGUACUAGAGAGAUGAUCGCGGUGGGCUCAGAAUCCCCUAGAAGCCGCACUUUGGGCAGAAAGCCCCUGGGGUCCUCCGCUUUUCCUGGAGAAGGAAAGUCUCUCAGGGAUCCUCCAGAUCUGAGGACUCAGUCACUGACGCGUGCUGAGAAGUCCUGCCACAGGUCAUUUUCAGAUGAACCAGGGCGAAAUUCCAAAAGAGAGCCAGUCUUGCGCAAGGAUGUAGAGCUCCGGAUUGGACAGAGCCCCUUAACUCGGCCCAAGCCAGUGGUCCGUCCAAAACCUCUGUUGACCAAAUCUGAACCCCACAGCCCAGAAAGAAUGGACAUCACCAGCUUCCGGCGCCAGCUGCGUCCUGCAGGAGCCAUUCGGCAUGGAGUAGUCCGUGGAGCACGUGGUGAAGACUCUGAAACGGCUUCAGUGGUGUCGUCUGAGGAUUCUGUGUCCUCUCGAAGCAUUUCAGACCUUUCCAGCACUUACUCAAAGGGCAGCCGAGGUGACUCUGAUCAUGAAUGUUGCUUUUAUCGUACCACCGAUGCAUACGAGCGGGCACAGGAAUCUGAGCUCAGUUUUCCAGCUGGCAUAGAAGUGGAGGUACUAGAGAAGCAGGAAAGUGGCUGGUGGUAUGUCAGAUGGGGCGUAGAAGAAGGGUGGGCUCCAACUUUCUACCUAGAGCCUGUUAGGCAACUUUUAGAUUUAGGUGUCCCAGAGUCCCAUGAUGGAUCUUCGAAAGAGUUGAGCAACACGAGCAAGUCUAACAGUCUGGAGAAGAAUGAGCAACGUGUACAAGCUCUUAACAACCUUAAUCAGCAGAAUCUGCGUCGGAUGAAUAAUCCCAGCCCACCUAUUCCCUCCAAGCCCCCUGGAGGCUUUGGUAAACCAUCCCCCCAGCUGAAUGGUUCAGGGGUACGAAUGCGAAAUGGCAUUCGUCAGGCAGCUGUACGACCCCAGUCAGUUUUCGUGUCGCCACCACAGCCAGUGAAGGAAACCAAUUUAUACACAGGGUCCCUAAGGCGCAAUGAAUCGCUUGGUGCCAGUGAUCACAUAAGGUCCAGUGGCGGUGUGCGCCGGAAUUCUUCCUUCAAUACUGUGCGGCCACAGCUAGUAACUGAUGUACGAUUGAGGUCUGGGACUACAAUGACUGUGCCAGCUGGGAGCUCUAGCCCCUUGAUUGCACAAAAGAAUGGAAUUCCAGUUUCCACAGUAAAGCCCAAACCUAUUGAGAAGUCACAUCUUAUUCACAACAACCUACGUGAAGUUUAUGUCUCUAUCGCUGAUUAUCGGGGAGACGAGGAGACAAUGGGCUUUCCCGAAGGCACUAGCCUCGAAGUUCUAGAAAAGAACCCUAAUGGAUGGUGGUACUGCCAGGUACUAGAUGGCCUACAAGGAAGGAAAGGUUGGGUUCCAUCUAACUACCUGGAAAGGAAGAAAUAGCACCCUCUAAAAGAAUGUCUCUUAAAUGUUGCCUAACAUGUACAUUUGUUAUUAAACUCUAUGAGGACCUUUUUUGUAUCAUUGUAAAGAGAGACACCUUAGUGCUGGUUUACUUAAAAGUACAUAAGACUCUAAAGAUGCGUAUGUGGAUUAAGCAAAUAAAAACAUGGCAUUGAGAGUUAAAAAUGAGGGUUGGGCCAUCCCAAUGUCUUAAGUAUCACUGGAGGAUCCUGUCUCCAGUUUGAAAAAAGGGUUUUACAUGCAUGAGAAGAGUGAUUCAGACAAAUGUCGAAAAAAUAUUUAUACCAAACGGGUGCCUUUGUCCAUCAAUGACUGAAUGUUAAAAGGAAUCAUUUAAACACCAGUGAAAUAAUAUCAGUACCAAACUUACCAACUUGGUGCCAUAGGCCUAUUAGCGCAGAAAACGCCAAAACUAUUUUUGCUACAAAAUGACAGAACGAGAGGGAGAUAUGUAUGAGGGAGUAAUGUAGUGAAAUAGAAUGUGUACAAGCACUCAAAACCAAGAAUGUAAUACAUUGGAUACGCAAAUAACAAAAGGUGUUUACCAUUUAGUGCAUUUAAAGAUUACAUUCGAUUCUUAACAUUUGUUCAUUUUUUUUUUUUUCAUUUCAUAUCCUGAGCAUUUUCAUGUCUUCCUUAGAGAUGUAUUUCUGCUUUCUUGUGACAUCCCUGCAACUAUAUCAGCCUGGAUAAGGAGGUGUCUCGUGAGGGACUUCCCUGUCAUGUGAUCAUUUAGAUCUGAUGUGUCUUUAAUGAGGGUCUCUAACUAAUUGGCUUUACUUUUUUGGCUCUCCACUUUGCUUUAAAGCCCAGCCAAUAAUAAAAAGAAACACUGAUUUACUUUUGCAUUUGAUGUGGUGCAGUUAUGUCUAACUCAGAUUUACAGGGAAUUAGAUACAAAUGGAUUUCAGUGCUUUCUAUCUAUCUCUUUAAGUACCUGGGUAUCAAGUUUACAAAUUUGCACAGAACAGAACUUUGCAUAUAUUGCUGCUCUAGGUUUAAUAUAUUUACUGUUGUUGGAGUGGAAUUAGAAACAUAGUACUGGAAAGUAUGGCUUAAUAUGUGCCAACAAAUCCCAGGAAUGUUACAUAGCAAUGAGCCCAAAAUGUGAUUAAACCAAAGCAAAAUAACAAUACAUGUGCUAGUUUUUUGGUUGUUUUAUUUUGUUUAGUAUUUAUUUUGUGGUUACAGUGAAGUACAGUGUAUUCAGAAAACCCAAACGAGGUUUCAAAACUGAGCAGAAUAGUUAUUUAAUUUUUAUAUCUGGAAGCACUUGAUUUAUUUUUUUUACCCAAAGGAAAGCACAUUAUCAUGCAAGGUUUAUUUCAACAUGUAACAAUAUUGCUGGGCAGUAUUGGAUUUAAAGUUGAAGUGACACAGUAGCAGCUGAAUUUAAGCUUACAUAUGACAAUUCCUGUUUUCAUAAAAUUAUUAGUAUUGAAUAGAAAAUUAUGCUGACAUGCUAUAGUUUGGUAGAAAAGAUCGUAAUCCUGGACAGAAUGUAAAUUUCAGUCAGAUUAAAAAACAUCCAUCCCCCUUUGACACAAUGUUUUUGUGAUCCAUGUUAAAAGGCUGAUGUUCAAGACUGCUGAAAUAUUUUUCUAACGAAUGGUGCCGUGUGAACUCAGUACUUGGGUUAAGCACUAAUGUUUUUGUCUUUUUUAUUUUCUGCUGGACAGUAUUAUAGUAUUAAACAAAGUUACGUACCUGCUAGAUUGCAGUUAUAUUCUAUUAAGUAGUAGUUGUUUGUUGUGUGAUCACACUCGGACAAUAAUGAUGAAUGGAGUGGUUCAUUUGUUGAGUUGAUGCAUUUGUGUUUUUUUCGUAAAGCAAAAAUGCAUUAAUGUAAAGAUGCAGAGUAUUUUAUCAGCACAUUAUUUAUUAAACUAUUUAUGACUAUUUAAUUUUCUAAAAAUGUUCAAUACCUCUGCUCAUUUAUUCAGUGCUUGCCACUGCAUUGGAGUAAUCAAAAAAGUGGAAAUAAAAAAGUGACAGAAUUUACUGACACAGAUUGGCUACUGUUGUAUUCUAAUUGUAUUUAUUUUAGUUUUUUUUUACUCCCAUUAAUCUGAGGGCAACUGUUUUUAGACACAUUUAUUCAUUUAUUAACUCAAAUGCAGCUAAACAUUUAGUUUUAUCAAAUCUAUCUGGUCUUUUUGACCCUUUACCAAGGCUGAUUGCUGCACCUUUAGCAACUAUGGACACUUCUUCCUUCAUUAUUGGACUUUCUAUAAUGCCAGAUUUAGUAGAUUUAGACUCUGUUUCCUCCUGAUAAGUUGACUCCACUUGUUAGCACUCAAACAAAAAAUGUUUUAAAAAGUAAUGUCCUAAAUCUGUUCUGUUUUAACCAUAUUUAAAGCAAGAAGAGCAAUAUAUAUAUGCCAUAAUGUGCUGGCAAUUUUGUCAAGAGACUGGAAACUUAAGAAUUAUUGUAAAGAAUUUAAGCCCUCUACCAACUCUGACGAAGGCAUUAUAGAAAUGUGUUGGUUCACUUUAACACUUUCAAGUGAUAUCGCUUCUGUCAAAUAAUCCAUUUACAUUUUAAGCAUUGUUAUGUUUGCAUCUACGAUUUACAAUGGAAUAUUACUUCACACUAUGCCUUUUUGUAUAAUAUAUUUGUAUCAUCUAGCCUUUAUGUUUCGUCUUUAUAUAUUUUUGUUAGCAGAAAUAUCACCAUUUAUUGUACUUUAUUCCCCUGUGUGCUUUUGUGACACCAGUGUUAUGAGGUAUUGUGCAAUAGAAUAAGCGGCAUCUCACCAAAAAACAAGGAAUUUGCAACAUCAAGGUUUUUGAUUCUUAAGACCCUUACUUUUUAAAGUCAAAUGUGGAUAGUUUCAUAGACAUCAACCAUGUCAUCUCAAAUGUUACUUUAUUUCAUUAUUUAAAAAAGAGAAUUUCUAAAUGUCACAAUGCCCAUGAUUGACGGACUCUACUUGCCAUAACAGCAGGACUGUAUGACCCAAAUCUCUCUGUUGCUAUUGUUGAGACCACAGGGGUUUUUUUUUUUUUAACUAAGGAGAAUUGAGUUCUCCUACACACUGCCAAAUAUCUCCUUCAAUUUAAUUACCUGUAAGUUUAUUUCCAUCUUUCAAAGAAUCUCUGCAUUGUCAGUGGUGAAGACUUUAACAGAGCUUCACUUAAUCGCUUACUAUUGUAUCUGGCUAAAAUGAGACUGUUGUCCUUACUCACCAUGGAAUCAAAUUUGUGCUGUUUCCAAUCUGAUCCACUGAUGUAUUUAAUGAUGUGAAUGCAUCACAAAUUGGCCACUUGAACAUCUUAGGCACAUCCUCAUACCCUUGACGUUUAACCUUUAACUUGCAUCCCUAAAUAACAUACUUGGUCCCUUUUAUUCAGCAGUAUAUGCAUAUAAUAUCAAAUUUACCAAUAUUCUUCAUCUUGUACUAUUCUUACUGGCCUUUUGUCACAGAAAGAGCUACAGCCUAGAAGUUAGUUAUCUUUUGCUUACAAUCCCUACAGUUUUAUUGCAACCAUAAUUGACUUUUUCUGGAAUGUUCCUUGAAUGAACCAGAAAUGGAAAAGUAAGCACACUAGCCAGUUUUACAUUUGGCUGAUGUGUUUUUCUAUGUCAGGCAGAAACUUACCAGAAAUCCCAGUCUGUAUUACCCACCUGAAAGCUAAACAUAAAAAUGGAAAAUCUGCAUCAUUGAAUUAAUGUCAAGAAUGUGUUAGUACACUCCAUAUGCUGUUAUGAGAGCUUAUAUUAUGUGACAUAACAAUGAGCAGUUACUGUUGGCAGUAAUAGUCAUAAUAGCUGUAAAGCCUAAAUUCUUGUCAGCUCUAGUUAGUUUAUAUCUUUUGACUCGCACUGUGUGAUAACACCACAAUGCAAUACGGCAUGUCACAUGGUCAAAAUCUUUAAUGGUGCUAUUCUUAGUCUUUAUUGGUGUCAUGAUUAAAUGCUUACCCUAUAUAAGGAAAGUCCUUUAUUAGAUCAUAAUAUGCAAACGCUCUCCUAGAAGUCUAUCAUGACUUCAUAAAAGAAUAAUGUCACAAGGAUUAUAAAUCCUAUCAUAAAGGAUCAUAACCCAUAAAAGGACAUCAUAAAAGGAUCAUAACCCAAAGAAGUUAUAACACCCAUGUAAUUUAUUUAAUGGCACAUUAAUUUAAUUGUAAAUUUAGAUAAAAAAAUUGGCACUUAAUGUCAAACAUCAAGGCAUCUAUCAUGACAAUUACCAAGAACAUGUCAUGGCUGUGUCACUUCACAUAAACUCCCAUGACACGUGGCAGCAUAUGGCAUUAGCGGUGACAUGUCCAAUAAGUUCAAGUUAAGCAACAACAGCAACCAUAAAAAUCAGUGUUUGGCAACACGUUUUCACCAGUUUUAGAAGGCUUAUAUGAAUUGUGGCAGGGUUUGUCAGUGUGUGUGUGUGUGUUGAUAUGUGCAGAUGGUUGGCAUGUCAUAGAAAGGUGGCAAGAGAAAGUUGAUAGAUGGAAGUAUUUUUACGUGCAGCCAUUGAAAUUCAAUCAGGUAUUACAAGGUCAAGUCAGACAGUGAAAAUAUACUGCAUUCCCUUGGAGUUGCAGCUGUAAAGACAGGAUUUAACAGGUUUCUGCAGGAGAUGGAUGACCCCGGAUAAUCAGUGCUAAGUUUGAGCUCUCUGUUGCUCUGUGGAUCAUUUAAAGCUGAUCCAAAAAGAUGAAAGUGAUAAGUGCUGAUCUGAGCUUUUAGCAAAAGCUUCAGUCUUUGCCUCUGGGCUGCAGCAUUGAUAAUCCAGCUGUGGGCAACCUUCAUUAGAAAGCAGACGUCUGGAGUGCUGCAGGCACCAAGCACUGCUUCAAAAUCAAAUUACCAAAGCAGCCGGUUUAUUACAGCUCUCUGAGGGUCGUGUCCUGAAUCCCAAUGACAAGGAAGUAGAAACCGAAGACCGAUCGAUUAUCAUGUACCAUCCUAGAUGCGACCGACUUAAAACUGCCAUAACGUGACCUGACGUAAAAUGCUUUUGAAGACGAGCUAAAUAUAGAACGCUUCCUGUAUGUUGGUCUUGUGAGACACAUAAAGUGCUUUGAGGAAUUUCUGUAGGUUUUGAGUUUAAUGCAUUCUGGGUUUAUUGUGUGCCACUGAUGUGAUGGAGCUAGAUCAAGUCUGACAGGAUGCUGUGAUUUUCUUACUCUCAUCUUGAUGAAAAACAGUAAGGAACAGGGAACACGCUGGGCCUUCCUAACAUUGCGCCGCUCGCUCUGCUUGACUUCCUGCACUAAUUAUCAUUUCUCUUGUAUUAAUUAACAGUCAAGAAAUGAACAACUUGCUUCAAAGACAGGUGUUGCAUCAAGUCACACUCUGGUGAUAGUAAAACUGCCAUUGUGAGCUGGAUUUAUUAGCGUGAGGAUCCUAAAUACAACUUAGUUCGUCUUUUAAAGAUAACAUAGCUGCAAUAUCUACAACUCUGAACAUUUUAAACACUUUGAGAUGUGAUUACACUGUCAAAGGCUUUAAAUUGGAUUUUUAAUACUUUUCCUUAAAAACUAUGUGGUCUACAGCUUUACUGUUUAUCAGCAUCAUUUUGUUUAUCUUUUUGUAUAUUUAUCAUGUUUACAUUGUAUCCUGCAUUGCCCUAAAAAGACAAAAAAGAAUAAAAUGUAUCAUCUUUUUUCUUUUA